AUGAAGAGUGUACGACCAUACACGCCUCUGUGCAAAGGUCAAAGUGCAUGUGACGCUAGUUCAAGCAAGAAAGGGAAGGCUGGGAAUAAAGCUAAAAGUGUAGGUGAUGGUACUUUAAUCAAGAAAGAGAAGGAUGGGAAGAAAGAUCAAAGUGCAGGUGAUGGUACUUCAAGCAAGAAGGGGAAUGUUUGGAAGAAACCUCAAAGUGCAGGUGGUGGUAGGAAAAGCGGAACUCAAAGUGCAUGUGAUGGAAUUUCAAGCAGGACAAGGAAGGCUGGGAAGAAAGGGAAAAGUAUUCCAGUACGAACCACUCAAUUCCAUUCCGUUACAGACCACUAA